AUGCAGGUAAAGAUCACGUGGAUGUGUAAGCCGCUUUAAUUCCCUUCAGUACCGUUUUAUUGGCCCGCUAACUUCUUUCCUGUUUUCCUGUUUUAAGUUCUUUUCUUUCCUGGUUUUUUUUUGACAAGUAGAUUUGAUGGGAACCAAGGUUUUUCUACAGCGAACCUUAAAUUAACGCCCUUCGUUUCAAAAGAACUUGGUUUAUUUUAAAUGUAUUUCUAUCUGUGGCCCUUUUCACGAAAUUAUCCCCAUGUUUGCAAAAGAAAGGAAGGUCUCUUCACCUUUGCUCGUUAUGUAUCAACUAAAGUGAUCGAUAACUUAAUAGUCAUGACGUCUGAAGUGAUUCAAGGAUCAUGACACAAAUGAAGGAUGAAAACGCUGAUUUUCUUUUUUAUAUGAAAUCACUAGCUAGCAGACUUGCUUAAAUUUGGCUUGGACAAGUUAUUUGAGUCCGAGAACAGGUGAGCAAACAAAAUAAUUCAUUUGCCAUUAUAUUUCAUUCAUACUCUUAAUAAAUAUCAUCACAAUUUAGAAAUCUCUAAUGUAAAUUAUAUUUUUCAAUGUACUAACAUUGAAUCGUCUUUCUUUAUCGACAGCACUGUUACAGAGAAAGACUUAGAAAAGUGCGUUUCCAUUUCAUUGUAUAAUUAGUCUAGUGGUUGUUUCGUUUUAUCUUUUAUGGGGGCCGGGGGUGGAGGAAAUUGUCUGUCUUCGUAAAUACUGAUGCGUGUAAGGGCUCUAUGCUUAUUUCUGUCGACUACAAAUUCAACGCAAAUGCUAAAAAGCACAACUUAAAGCCCACACGUGAAUCUUACAUAAUAGUCAGUCCUUCAAUUCUUUGUUGCUGAAUUCAUAUUCAGUUUUAAAAUAUGAUGUUGUGUGAAUGGGCCUUAAGCUUUUUGUUUAGUUCUUGCUCAUUGUCUGAACGACAACUUUGUAUUCUUUUAACAUCUGUAAGGAUCUUAGGAGGAAGUUGUAAUAAUGAAUGGAUUCUGGAAGAAGCCAAUGAUGAUAAUGACGACAUCGCUUCGUGUAUGGAGACAGAUGAAGACGAAAAUGGUGAACAAAUUUCAUAUAUUGAAAAGUUAAAGCAGUGUGCAGCCUAAUUAGCUUGUGCUCCUUCAGUUUAUCAUCGCCUGUGAUGUGUAUGGUUAUUGGGCCGUACGUUGUCUUUGUUUUGGGCUUGACUUGUGUAAGAUAAUGAGUUAAACAAAGGAAAUGAUCAGAGAAAUCGAAGAUAAAAUUGUACCACAAAAUAUGCAUGGAGGAUAGAAGUGAGGAGCUGUUGUGUUUUUCGUGAGGUUAGUUUCCUCUCAAGAGUACCUUUAUAACACGAACUUUCGAAACCUAUUGCUAUGUUUGCAGGGAAGACAGUAAGGGCCGGGGCUGGAGAUUCCCGAGUAAGACCCCUUGGCUACUUAGUCUGCCACACAGCCGUUUUUAGCGUGACGACACUAAAAACGGCUGUUUAGCAGACCUACCGGCUACUUCCAUCAAAUACAAAAAGAAAAAAGAUCCAUAAGAACUUCGUAGCUGUUCAAAUCCCCACCUACUAAUUGCAUAAACCCAACAACUCGAAAUCUCAGUGACUGCCCUGUGUUGGUCAAGUGGAAUGAAUUCAGAUAUAAUUCUUCGACAGAGACAGUUAGAGGGUAUCGAAAGCUUGAAUGUACAUUCAACUCAACUCUUGAACCUAUCAGGCUGUGACAAUAACGGGUAGCAAGAAUGUUUUCAUUACUGUCUUGUUUUGUUGAUUCAGUGAGCAGUAUGUACGUGUAUGAGGGUCAUGACUACUCAAGAGACGCAAGCACCAAAGAUCAACAGGCUUUUGAUAACAUCAUGGCAGGUGAGUGACAACGAUAACUACUAUACAGCGGUCAAGCGUGAGGCGCAUACGUGAUUUCAGGAGUUUCCACACAAGUUUGUCUCCGUUGAAUGAGUAGACUAGCAAUUGUCCGCUGCUUUAGAUGACGGUGUUGUAAGCGUAUAUCGGGUACCCUAGACUACAAGCAUUCGCUCAUUUUCCACAAGGGAUUGUAGAGCGAGUGAAGUACGCGAGCGCGCGUGAAAAUCGCCACCCUGUAGGAAGGUGACAUGCUUUAUCUCAGCGUGGCAUUUGACUUUAUUCACGAUACCCGCGAUCUUUGUAUGCGCUGAAGGACACGUGGUUUCUCAGCGGACAAACAACUGAAAAAAUAUGUCAGUACGAGAAAUCGCAGUCAAAUUUGUUUAUAGAACGUUUAAUUUAAAAGAAGGUAGAGGGAAAUUUUUUGUGGAAGGAAUUUUGGAUGCAGUAGCGACCGUAGAUGUCCUCACAGCAAGCAAUUAAGACCUAAAUCUUGUCGAAACUCGAACUCCAAAUUUUGCAUGACUAAAAUAGUUGUCUAAUUUUGAGAGAAUAAACAAACUCGGCCGGGAUUGCUCAGUCGUAUUGGUAAAUCUUAUCGCUUGUUUGCCCCUGAAAUACUACGUGGCAUUGCUUUUAUCCCAUUAAUCCCAAAGUGCGUGUAAAGAUGGCGAGUAUCGUGAAUAAGGUCUAUUUUCAUGCGCGCUCGAGUAUUUCGUUCGCUCAGCUAUCCCUAAAAAAUUCUACUUAAAGGGUACGCAUACUAACGCUUAUUGCAUGAUAAGCCAUUUUCUGAUCGGAUCCCGGUUGUUCUAAAGGUAUAGAAGUGUUUACUGUUUUCCAUCGUUUGAACCAGUAUUUAGUGGCUAGAGAUCUAUCCAGUGAAUGGUGUUAUCUGGCGCCACUUGGCUCCCGAGAAAUAAACUGAAAUUGAAAAGUGAACGUGUUACGGUUCGGCCUUUUCUGUUACCGCUCUAUUUUACUGACAAGCAGCUAGUAAAAUACAUGUACAUGAUGGAAAGGUUGAAUUAAUUUGACUUAACUCUCACUCACUAUACCAGUUUUCACUUUGUAAAUCUAUGUCAUUUUCCGAUCGCGCAGAAAUGCUAAGUGAAGUUCAAUCAGAAGAAAGGCUACUCCGCAGCGAAAGAAAGGUGAGUGUGCGGCAAUGCACAGUGCUUGCCUUAUGUUCUUUAACACAUAAGUCACGACCUUGUUUCGUCUUUCACUUUGUUUAAACGGUACCUUUGCAAUCCCGCAACUAGCGGUGGAGUAAGUAAUAUUUCAAACACAAAGGUGGAGUGUUUCAUCCUGUAUGCAGACUCUUAUACCUGGUUCGGAGAGAUUAACUGAAGCCUAUAUUUUUCGCUCCCCUUUAAAUGCCUGGAUAUCGGGUGAAAAUAGUGUAUAGCAAAUUAUUAAUAACUUACAGCAAAAUGUCACAACUGUUGUGAUAAUUAGGAACCGAUAUACAGGCGUCCUUCGAAGUAGAAAUUUUUUCUCUUUCUCUUUUUUAUGAAUUAUUGAUCGGUUCGACAGUUAUACAUCAAAAACUCUUCUUUGCUUAGCGACCUUUAACUUUAUUUGUCCUCUUCAGGCCUCGGCAGCUCAGUUCGUCGAUCUUACUGCUAGAAAGCGAAAAGUAUUAACCCAAGAAGAACUGGAGGAGCGAAGAAGAAAGGUAACUGGUAUUAAUCAAACUAUCGUCUUCGGUAUUACUUGUCCUUCGAUUUCGCUAGGUAUGUCUUUUGGUUUCUAGAAUUUUAACACGAAUUCUUUCCUCGUUCAGAGGGAAGAAAAUGCAGUGAAGAGAGCGAAGCUGAAAGAAGAGGAAGAGCUGAGAAAAGAAAGAGAAAGACAGAGGAGAUUGUGAGCUUUUAGAGUUCAUUUUGUUGAAGUUUAGAAAAGUUCAAACCUAUAAGCCUUGACGGCCUUUUUUAUAUAGAUGGAAAGAAGUGUGACGUCACGUUACCAUGGUAGCAUAAUUUCUAAAUCUCAACAAUCUUUCUUGACAGAGACGGCCAUUUGCAUUGUCAAACGAUGGAAGAAAAGAAUGGGCUUCCGUUUAUUUCUGGAGUGCAAUCUUGCACAGGAAAGUCAUAUAUGACAAUUUUCUUCGCUUUUUUCUGUCAUAUUUGCCGAACCACGGUUUGUUGAGAUCUAGAAAUUUGCUACCAUGGCAACGUGACACAACGACUUCUCCUUUCUAUUGAACGACAGGUUUUAGACAGGAUAAAAGACGAAAUCUCACUAUUUUUUUUUAAUUCUAGUCACUUGUUUAUCUAUUUAUUCGAAGGGAGAAACUUUGGAAGGACAAUAAUUACAUUAGCCUUAACGCUGCUCUGGAUGAAGAAGAGGAAGAGGAAGGUAAUGACCGUAAGGAUUUGUUCGAGGAAGAAGUGGAAAAUGACCAAAAAGACAUUCAGUAUGUACGGGGCGACGUCACACAUCCCAUCAACACUCGCGGCCGUGAUGCGAUCAUUGUACAUUGUGUAGGUAUGUGACGUCACAUUCUUAAUUGGCAAUACAGAAAAGCUUUUCAGCUUCUAACUUAGAAACUUGUCCCUUUCAGACGACUCAGGGAGGUGGGGACAGGGCGGUAUAUUCACCGCUCUUUCUCGACGCUCUUUACAGCCAGAAACUCAGUACGAGCUGGCCAGUAGAAUGAAAGGUAGGUUUUGUUAUGUUUCAAGCACAGUUUAAGCAGCAACUAGCAUAAAACACAUGGUAACAGAGGUGCUAACAAUCAAAUUCUCGGAGCUCAUGCCCCGCUAUUCUUUUCGUCGCUUGCCCUUUGCUGCUACAGCCCUGAGAGGACUCAAAGCGAUGACAGUUUCUUUUUCGUCCUUUUUUUUUCAGAUCUUAAGCUCGGAGAUGCACAUCUUGUUCCAGUCGAUGAUCGAGAAAGUAGAAAAGAUGGUCAAGACUAUGUACGUUUUACCUCUCAGCUAUUUGCUUCUUAUCGAAACUUUAGGAUAAGAGUGAAACAGAGUAUAAGUGAUUGCCAUGUCUAACAACUGCAGAUGAAAUAUUUCAAAAGUUAAAAUCUUCGUAGUCAUAUUCAGCUGCAAAGACCACAACCGAGCCGUCAACAAGGUGCAAAUUUAAACCCAUGAUCUUAAUGUACCAACUAAAAGGAAGCUAAUUUUAUCCGCUCUAGGUCCUUUGAGGAGGAUUUUAUGGGACUACCAUGCUUGUAAUGUGAUUGCUUUUCAAAAGGUGUCAGUCUCAUGUUAUUGUGAUUGAUAGCCACCGUCUCAUAUGACCAUCAAUUUGCGACAGUGGUUUUCUUUGACGGACACCUCUCACGUUUUCACGACACUAUCCACUUCAGAAUGAGAAAAUUAAGCUAUGCCUCUUUACCCUCUCUAAAAAAUGUUGUUUCGCACAACAAACAGUCCAACGUUGAAGGAAAGGGAGCUACAAUAGUUGCUUAGUUUAAUUUAUAGUGUCCCCAUUUAGUGGUUCCUCUACUGCUAUGUUAGUUUGACACUUAAAUAAAGGUAUUGAUUGAUUGAUUGAUUGAUUGAUUGAAAGGGUCCAGAUUGUUUUGCUCUCCAAUAUAUACCCUAUUUGACCACAUUCUCAACAAUUUCGUCGCCGGUUAAUGAUGUAACUGGACAGUUUGUUGUUUUGCCAGGUAUUAAAUAGGAACCAAUUUAUUUCUUUUAUACUACUACGUGAGAAAUUUCUGCAAUUUGAUUGGCUUAGAGCAGUGGUAUUUCAGCUUAAUUUGAAAUACCUACAUGGGAAAGUUACAAACCCUUUGUGGGUAGUAGUAUAAACAAAUAAUAGCAUGAUUUGAACGUGAUAUUUGGCAUAAAUACCACUCGUGAUAUUUCAAAAUGGUCUCAAAUGUCACUCACCUAACGGCUCGUGAAAUUACGUAGAAGAAUUUCCAAAUAACACUCGUGGUAUUUAUGCCAAAUAUCACUAAAAAUCAUGGUAUUACCUAUACAAAUUACUCUUCUUUUCUCAGGUGGCUUUGAUCGUAGCUCAGUCACGUGACCGGAAGAACAGACUCUCUGGGAUCCUGCUGACGUCACUGAGUCAGGGACUGCAGAGAGUUGCUGUUGCCGCAAAGAAAAUGAAAGGUAAUAAAUAGGCCCUUUCCGAGUUACCUCAAGCCUCAAUUUCAAAGCGAGGCUAAGUGCGAAGCUAUUGAUAUGAUAAUCCUUUUUUAUUCUCGUGCAAAUGAAACUCAUUUUCGCAAGAAAGGUUUUGCACUUAGCCUCGUUUUGAAAGUGAGAAUUUUUGGAACUCGGGAAUGGCCUACACACGUUUGCAACCUAAGCUGUAUUUCCAUAUUUUUUUUUUCUUAUUAUUCUUCUGAUGUAGCUUAAAAUGAGUCAUAAGAAUUGUAUAUUUUCCAAUCCCCUAUAGUACACUCAGUUUGCCUCUCAAUUUUUGCGUAAGCUAUUGCUUUCAAGUGCUUCUUGAGGGACUACAUAUUCCCAGGUGCAUUUGAAAACAUAUUUAUUGUGGGGAUUUGAAAAUAGUUAAUUAUAUCUUUACCUUGUAUAUAGAACCCUUUCGGCUUGUAUGUUUUGUUUUCCCAAUUCAGACCAUGUGAUGUUCUCAAUCGAGGAUGUCUUUUUUCUUUUCUAUAAAUUAUCUGGCAUUAUACACGUGGAUAGGACGACUUUUGAGAAAAAAAUUGUCUGGCAGUAGGGUAGCAUCACGUGGUUUUAAAUAGAUGAAAAGGUCUAUUACUAACUGGUCAAAAUUAACUUGAUGAGCGACACAAGUACGUGCAUUUGUUCACCAUUUUUCAUUCGGCUAUAAGAGUUAAGAUAACGAAAGAUUUAGUAAAACAUUUAAGCUUAAAAAGCAAACGCCAAAUGUCAUGUAUUAAUAGCGUUGCUUUUUACGCUUACAUGUCAGAAUUAACACAGGGAUAUUUCUCUUCAGCCACGGUUCAUCUUCCGCGGAUUGGUUACAACACCCCAAGCUUUAACUGGUACGGCACAGAGAGACUGGUGCGAAAGUAUCUGGCCUCCAAGGGAAUUGAAACAUCUAUGUAUCCUUAUCUCAUCCUACACUCUACGGCGUUUUUGCUGGUCUACACGAAAACGCUAAAACGAUGAAAAUACAAUAGCGUCCCUUACAUGGCUUGCGCUGUAUGAUGUACGACAUCAUCGUAUUCAAAAACCUUCAUUUUCGUCCGCGCACAGGAAAACGAUAAGCUGGUGUUUUCAAACAAACUCCUUUCCGGGAACCGUUUUCGAAAGCUCGCGUUUUUGGUGCCCGAAAACGGAAGGCUGAAACGCGGAAAAAAAAUCACCAUUUUUAAAAAUAUCCGGAUACAUGUGAACGGGGCCUCACAUUAACGUUUCUUUUCUUUCCUUGAGAGCUGUGUUGAGUUAUAACUACUUCGUUUCCUGACUGACAGUUGAAGGGACAUUUUAAUUUCGAAAAAAAGUUAAAAGAACCAAGGACCAGUAACCUAAUUUUAACGUUUUACCAACAAGUUAGUACGUAACGGUUAUUCCCUUAUCCAGAUUUUUUUGCCCUUUAAAUAUAUUGUUCUUGUAGCAAUAACGAGUAAAAAGCAGCUAUAAAAAUGGGGGUCAUCGCUCUCGUUUCAUCGCAAAAAGACAACAAAGGGACAAUUUCGACUUCAAAUGAUCAUUUUGCGCAAAGAGACUAGGGCGAAUCCCAAGACCAACACAGUUUUAGGCAGGAAGUGUUAUCACAAUCGUUAUUAAAACUAUUUGGACUACAAAAAGGGCCUUUGUUACCUCUCUUCAGGCGAUUGGUGAACAUCACCGCCGUCUUUCAUGUCGCAAUGUUAUACGCAGUAGGUGAUGCACAUUGCAAAACAAGGGAAUUACCUGAAGACAUUUUUUCAGAUCACCACCGAGAGCUUUAAUUCUUAACCGGAUUUCAGAUACUACUUUGCCAGGGGGCAAUCCUCCUCCUCCACGCAGUGUCCGUCACCAGCACCUUCAUCAAACAACGGGGAAACAAAAUCUGCUAGCGUGAAAAGUGGAAAGUCCAGUGAAAAGAAUAAAAAGCCAAACGAAGACAAUCGAAGUGGCGAUGACCUGACAAGUACCCGACCUACACUUCCUGAUUUCAUGUUCGGCGUUAAUGCUCUCUUUCACGAGGUCGAAGAAGAUCAAAGGAAGAAGUUGACACGCUAUUUAAUUGCAUAUCCUUUUUUAAUCGACCGCGGGACAUUAUGUUUUUUUGGAACUGUAAAGUUGCCUUUCUCAAGCUGUAUCGUUUAAUCUGUCGCUGAAUAAAAACAGGCAGCCUGAAUACCUACCCUAGUGGGGUGGGGGUGGGUUCCUUUAUCAGGCGUCAGGUAUAUGAAAUGGAAGGGAUUUCACUAGUUGAAGUACAUGAAAGAGUGGGGAAUAUUAUGACCUAGAAGGGCCGCAGAAGGAUUUUAAGGCUGUGGACGAAGUCGAGAAAAUCGGUCUAGUUUUGUGUUUUCUUCAUGUUAUUUAAAAGAAAGUGCAUUCACAGCAGUUAAAAGGGAUGCAAAGUUCUAAACUAGAUAUGUGAAAGGGGUACUAUUGUCAAUGAAAGGUUUACGAAAGGGGUAAACUGAAUUUUCUGACAAAAAUGGUAUAUAAAAGGGUGAGGGGUUGGACCGCGCGGCGCAGCCUCCCCUUAUAAAACUUUGUUGAGUAUCCCCCGGAUUCCCUACUGGCUUGAAAAACCAGCUAGCUAGUGGCUAGUAAAGAACAUGUUAUUCUACUCCAGUUAGCUGUACUAGAUUUAAUUAGCAAAAUUAAGUGAAACCUAAAAAUAACCUCUCAAAAUGUUAAAUGAAGGUGUAAAUAACACUGAAAAUACAAAAGGAGUUACGGAUGGAAAAACUUGAAGGAGAUUGAAACAGAUUGCAGUUGUGGUUUUUUAAUACUUGUUAGCCUAACAGUUUUUCAAUGUUCUUUUUUUCUUUGUAACGUUUGAUGUAAUGCUCGGGACUCGGAGACAAAUUUGUUUGACACUGGGCUGUGAUUUUGUCAUUCACAACUAAUUUCUAAGGUUCCAUCGUGAAUAUGGACGCAUUAUCAACAAAAUGAACUGGACAGCCGUGACACUGCCCAGUUUGACUGGCUAACCGUCAGAUGUUAACUUUUGGCUGCUGUUAGCAGCUGGCCCAUGAUUUCUGAAUUGAGUGCCUUCCCUUUCUGUGAGAACAUUGCACCCACUGGGUGCAAAUAUACGUCAGAUGUCCAGGAUUGAAUACUGCCUAGAGACUGAAUAAGUUACUAGGAGUCCCGUAUGUGACAGCUCGAACCAGCUUUUGUGACUAUGUGCGUACACACAAUUACGCUACCACUUUUAGACUACAUUGAUUAAAGAGUCGAUCGUUCCGGUAUUUGAGUUUCAGCGGGCAGGGUAAAAGUUUCUUUAACAAUUGUGUAACUACAACGGAGAUGUGUCGCAGUUUGCCAAUGAUGAUGUAACACAUGUGGUUUGUACUGAGUACGAAGAAGAUAACGUAAGUUUUAAAUGACUUUUCUUUUUCAAUUCAAUGACUAUUUACUGUGUAUCUUCAUCAGUUAAGAAAGAGGGGUGGAGAGAAAGAGGCUCCUGCCUCUCUCCAAUUUCCUUGACUAAAGGGAUUGCACGCAGUCUAAAAUUUUGUUUAAAACGGAAGGCAGUUCACUAUACUUGUCUAUCCUGUGCUCAGUAUUUAAAAUAGGACCCCAGGCUGGUAACAAGCUUAUCUAUGGUAUGGAAAACGUAACAGUUUUAUUCUUAGCUUAGAUUUUUGCUUAAGGACUAAUAUAACAUUCUGGUAAUUAAGGUUUCUGAUCAGUUAUUUGAGCUGACUAUUUUUCUGUUUGUAAUUGUUGCAGUUUCCUUCUCAAUCAGAGUUGAACACUGGAGUGAAGAUUGUCAGCGUAAAAUGGCUGGAAAGCUGCUUUAGAAAAGGACGUAUCGUGGACACAAGACCAUAUAAAAUAGUAAAAACUACUGAGCAGUAACCAACCUGGAUUGAAAGAAGGGAACAAUUUAACUCCAACGAAUCUAAGCAAUUACAUGGAGCUCAUAAAAGCAACUCGGAAAACAAGGAAUUUGUAUGAGUUUUGCUACAGACCGGCUUGUCUGGGCUAAGAUGAAUGCAGGUCAACACGUCCAAAGAGCAGACAAUCAUGCUUCUGUUCAGUAAGACAUACCUCCACUACUACACACUCGGAAAUACAAGACUACUGUCACCGAUGCCAGCCUUGCUUAACUGGUUUCUAACCAAGUUAUCGCCAUAAUUAUACAAAACUAUGGUGCGUUUCUAACAAUAGCCCUUUUCCAGAGCGCUCAGUCGACUUUAAUAGAGAGCUUAGCAACGACGACGUCAACGAGAACGGC